AUGGCUUAUCAGCUAUAUCGAUAUAACGCUGAGGCCUCGGCUGCCCUACUGGCUGCGGGGUUCUUUUGCUUGAUUCUCACGUUUUCGGCUUAUCGAAUGUAUACGACGAGGUCAUGGUUUAUGUGCAUCAGCAUUGUUGCUAUAAUCAUGGAGAUAAUCGGUCUCCUCACUCGAUCCCUGUCAAUUCUGCAGCCACAGAAUUUCAGUGCAUUCGUUGCAAGCGUAAUCCUCCUAACCCUCGCACCAUCGGUUCAAGCUGCCAGUCUGUACACGCUUGGCGGCCGUGUAAUUCGACAAUCCACGCCAUCGGAUAAGCAAGAUGUCGCUACGUUAUGGUUCCAACCUCAAUACCUGACGGUGGCAUUUAUUGCACAAAACAUACUAGCAAUUGCAAUUCAACUCUUCGGAAUUGGAUACUUUAUUAGUGCUGUCACGGCCGAAGCUCGAAAAGACGUUGAUCCUACCCCAGAAUUACAACGAGCAAUGCAUGUUCUGGUGUUUGGAUUCUCUUUUCAGAUUUUGACACUCAUUUUCUUCCUUAUUCUUACUACGAGGUUCCAGAUCAAGUCGUUUGAUUGGUUGCCGCAGUUGAAGGGUAGAGGAUUAUCAGAGAAAGUGGUUAGGACUAUAUUCUAUGUCUUGUAUCUUUCGACGGUUCUUCUCAUGAUCCGAACAUUAUACCGCCUUAACCAGUUCGUAGCAGAAACGACAUUAUCGAGUUCGUUUCUAGUUACGCAGGAGUGGCCGUUCUGGGUAUUUGAGAUUUUUGUCGUCUCUUUAAUAUAUGCGAGCUACUUGGUACCCCAAUAUCCGGGUAGAUGGUUCGAGAGGGGUGGCCCGUUGGAGAAUGACUUCGAGACAACGGCUGGACCCUCAAAAGCAAAGCAAGAUAUUGAAAUGGGAACAGAUGAGGAGAGUGUUCAUGAGAUCAGAGAUAGUGUCAGGGAGGCAUACGGAGAGUUUAAAUUUGACUUGUAA